UUGUACUCAUGAUCUUGUCGAUCUAAGCCAACUCCAAAGUGGAAGUUUACCUUCUUUUAUACUCAAGAUCCUGUUUAUCUUAAGAAAAUAUGAAAGGGAAGUUUUUACCAUUAUCUCGAUAUUAUAUACCUAAGAUCCUGUUGAUCUUAAGGUAAUUUGGAAGUUCAAGUUUUUACUAUUAUCAGGAUUGUUUUACGUACUCAAAAUCUAGUAGAUUUGAGAAAUAUACCAUUGACAUGAAGUCAUGAAGCCCGCCUAAGAUCCUGUCGAUCUACAACAACACCAACACAGAUAUUUCCACCAGUGAGAGAUCGAGUAUUAACCAUCAGAAUAUCAAGAGAUUUAUUCUUCCAUUUGUCGGAGAGAGUAACUUCAUCAAUAGUGGUCAAGAGUUACUUUUGACGCGGUCGUAUCCAUUUGGUCAGUAUACAACUCCCAUAUUAUUUUCCCUCUGUUGAAUAUUAAUUCUCAAAUUAUGUUAUAACAAUUCUUGCCUCGUGCAUAGUAAUAAUUGUUUUUAUCUACUAAAAUAUAUAUAUAUAUAUAUAUAUAUAUAUAUAUAUAUAUAUAUAUAUAUAUAUAUGCAAGAAAGGAAAAGUAAUGCACCAUAUGCAUUAUAUACUUUGUACUGUAUGCGACUAUAUGUAUACCGAUAUUAUAUAUACUUUAUUUUAUAAUCUAUCUAUCUAUAUCUAUCUAUCUAUCUAUAUCUAUCUAUCUAUCUAUCUAUCUAUACUAUAUAUUAUGACAAUUCAAAAGCAAUCUCUUGCCACAUAAGCACUUGGAUGAUCCACAAUUUGCCAAGUUGGACAACUUUUUUACAAACAAAAAAAUUAAUUAUUAAUGCAUUUAUGGAGCUAGCUCUCUCUUCUUUAAUAUUUCCAUUUCUUUUAUCCAAUUAUUCCUUUUCAUUUAUCCAUUUAUUAUUUUUUAAUAAUAAGUUACAUGUUGAUAAACUCAACCAAACACACAUAAAUAAUAUUUUUUUAUCAAGUAAACAAAAUAUAAGUAAUAAAAUAGAGAGUGACAUAUAUCACAUUUGUUUAAAUAAAAAAUAUCUGAUUCAACUUUAUGAUGUAAAUUUUCAACUCAUUUUUACUAAAAUUUAAAGAUAAGUUACAUUUUGAUGAAACAUAAACAAUAAUGUUCUUAUCGAUUAAACAAAAUAUAUAUAUGAAAAGAUAGAAAAUAAACAUUUGACAUUCAAUUAACUUUAAAAAAUAAACUAUAUUACUUUAGCAAAAUGUCAGAUUAUAAUCUUGAUCGAGUAGUUAUAUUUAUUUAUUUAAAAAAGACUUCUUAUUCAUUUAGAUCAUGUUCUACCUUAAACUCCUCAAAUGAAGAGGAAUCACAUCAAUGAUAUUUUAUAAUGUGCCCUAUGUUCACAUUAAUAAUAUUUGCUCUAUAUCAUGUUGAUUGAACAAGCUCUAUUGAGGCCCUAAGUCAUAUGCCAAAAAAAUUCAUUUCAGAUUGGAGUUAUCAUCGACGGUUAUAAAUAAAAAAUUUUAAAAUGACAUAAGUAUGAUUAUUGACGAACUUUGACUUCAUAUCACAAGAUGAGACACAUGAUUCCUUAUCAAUUAUUAAAAUAUGUGUGUAUUGGAGACACUCUUUAUCAAUUAGUAAUAUAUAAGUGAUAAAACCUUUGAAAAUUACACAUUCAACGAUCAUAUUAAGACCAAAAUCCUUUAUAGUAUGUGUGAGUGUCUUAGAUUGAGAUUCUAAGCCAACAUAUAAAUAAUGACCACAGGUUGAGGUUUAGUCUAAACUUCAAGAAUUAACAAUUGAUACAUAUUGUAUAAUAUACUAAAUUAAGUGUCUUUGACAAAAAAAAAACUAACAUCCAAAAUGGAAAUGAGUCGAGAUUAGAGAAUUUAAUCAUCGUGAGGGCUACGGUGUGUGUCAAGUUUCAAUGUGGAUGAAUAAAUUGAUCCAACACUAAAGUAUCUUUACCAAUAAUUUCUCACUAAAAAGUCCUAAUCUUUACAACAUUGGUUGAGAGUUCAUCCAAACUCGAGGAUCAUGAAUAUGUAUUGGAUUUCCAAAGGUCCUAAAAUCUCAAUCCCUUUCGGGGGCAAAAUACCUCUGAUCACAACCAUAGGUGCCAAAGAAGAAUGAAAAGAAGCCCAAAAAUAGCAAAAUAGAACAUAACCUCCAAUGGUUGUCUGACGUUAUGGGGAUAAAAGCAGGAUCUCUAUCACAAGGGUGGGGCAUAGGCAAACAACACUCUUAAUAUGAGUAUUUGGCGAGAUAAGAUAGGUCUGACGAAGUAUCUGGAUAAUUUUGAGUCUACAAUAUAUACACACACAAAUAUACAUAUAUAUAUAAUAUCAAGGUAUACUAUACUUUUGAAUUUACUCAAGAUACGAUAGAAGAUAGGUAUGACGAAGUAUGUGCAUCAAUUAGAAGUUCAACAAGUUAGGUUAUAUUAUCAUGCCCCAAAAAACUCCGGUUAAUUUUGGUGUAAAUAGUAAAUCUCAAUGGUUGUAUGGUAGUGUAAACGCAAGAGUAUAGCGUACUCCUGGUGCAUGCUAGCUUGAACUAUAUAGAUGUGUGUGUGGUUCUGGUUGGCGUACGCUAAAUAUUAGUGUUUUGGUUGACAAAUUUUGACAUAAGUUCUAAAUGGGAUGUGACAGCGACAUAAUUUAUUAUUAGAAAACUGAAGCAUCACAAGUGAGCGUGCUAAAUAUUGGAAAUUUUCAAUAUAGACAUACUACAAACUUUUUUAUGAAUCAAGAACACAAAAUAAUUAGAAUAUUCAAAAUGAUUUAAACAUAUAAAUAAGUUAAUUAAUAUAAAUUAUAAAAUAAAUAUCUCCAGCCAACUGGCCGGGUAAAAAGCUAGUGUGUUUGAUAGAUAAUGUGGUUUGAUGUGUAUGAUUUAAGUAACUUGACUACAUGGCAUAUAUUGACUAAUCUUUAUAUAACAUAUUUACUAAGUUAUGAUUAUUUAAUUCUUGACAUUAUUAUUGUUGUUACUACAAUUGUUUACUAUGCUCCAGAGGUAGCAAGUAAAAGGAAUUCAUAACUAUUGAAAGUUAUACAAAUAAAUGGUGAAAAGGGUUAAGAUCAACAUCUCGGUAGAUAAACCAGAUAUGUGAGAUAUGAAAAAUCUUUUUAAAUGUAAUUCCAUUCCCAGAAGUGAAUGUGAAAAACAACGAUGUCAAAAUGUCGAAUGGUAAAAUGGUUAUAGAAUACCAACCAUAAUAACAUUCACCAGAAGUGAAACGUUUAUUUGGUCAGUGAUUGAAAAUGCAAGAACAAUAUCGUACUAGUUGUACGUUGAAUCGUGAUAAUCGGCUUUAAUAUAUCGGAUUCUUGAGCUUUAUGUGACUAUCUCAUGGUAUGUUUGAGCCGAUUGGUGCUAUUUGAGGGAGAAUUAAUCUGGAAUGGUUGAAAAGUCAUUACCAUCUUGUGUUGGAGUUUUGCUAUGUUUUAGGUGAAGGAAUUUACGGAGAAAGCACAAUAGGUAUGCAGUAGAAGGUAGGCGUGAAGUGGGCUUAAAGCCCAGGAAGUGUGAACCGGAGUUGGAGAGGCAAUGAGACAUGGACAGGAAGGACCAGAAGAGGAUUGGGGUCAAUUAAAUGGCCCAACUUCUGUGUCCUCUUCUGGAAGGAGAAGGGAACGAAAGAAAAGGCCAGGAAUUGGGCAGAGGGCAUUUUGGACGGAGCAUUUUUGUGGCCCAACUUCUUUGUCCUGGAGUGGAAUAAUUGGAACAAGGGAGGAGAAAAGACGGAAAGAAAGGAAUUUUUUGGGGACACGCAAGCAGGGGAGACUUGGACCGGAAUUCUUUGGACGGAGAGAGGGCGAGCAGCAGCGUGAAAUUGGAGAGGGACAACAGCGCACACGGAGACGGACUGGGACGAAAUAUCUUUGGUGAGACAGCGGCACAGCAACGCGGGACAAGAUAGAGCAGCAAUCACCACCACCACGCGACAUCGAGCCUGUCACCAUGGCAGACCAGGAUCGUUCGAUCAUGGCUCUCUUGAAUCAAAGGAAUGGAGCCCGAGCUUCAUGUGUUGUCAUUCCGGCUGGGGAUGCAACCAUGGAGAUUACCCCAGCAUUUAUCAACAUGAUCACCAACGGGUAUACUUUCUCCGGGGCUAGCAGUGAGGAUCCUCACGAGCAUCUCCACCGGUUCGUGAGCAUAUGCGAUACCAUGAAAAGCCCCACAGUAUCUGAUGAUGCAAUUCGUCUUCGGAUGUUCUCGUUCUCUCUGUUAGGGAACGCAUCACACUGGUUCCAGAACUUAACACCCCGUUCCAUCACGACAUGGGCUCAGCUUGAGAAGACCUUUCUGGAUAAGUACUUUUCUCCUGCCAAGGUAAUGAAGAGGCUGGAAGAAAUUGUUACUUUUAAGCAAGCUGAAGACGAGAGUCUAACUGAGGCAUGGGAGCGCUACAAGGAACUGUUGAUGAGAUGCCCAAGUCAUGGUCUUGAGGAUUAGAACGUGAUCAUUAUUUUCUUCAAUGGAAUCAGAAGGGAGUUCCGGGAUUCUCUUAAUAAUGCUUCGUGGAAUGG